AUGAAGCAAUACGGCAACGUGUACCUCAUUGCGGCCAUUUCCAUUAUUGGAGGUGGCCUUUUCGGCUUCGACAUCUCUUCCAUGAGCGCCAUUAUUGCCGGCCAAGGCUACCUCUGUUACUUUAAUCAAGGCCCAAAGCCGUGUUCAGGUCCAUCCGCGAACACCCAAGGCGGGAUCACCGCUUCCAUGGCAGGUGGAAGCUGGCUGGCUUCGCUCUUCUCCGGAUUCCUCAGCGAUGCGCUCGGCCGCAAGAAGACUAUCAUGGUCGGCGCUGUCAUCUGGGUCGUCGGCUGCAUUAUCGUCUGCUCUGCUCAGAAUAUCCCGCAGCUAAUCGUCGGUCGUAUCAUUAACGGCCUUUGCGUCGGUAUCUGCAGUGCCCAGGUUCCCGUCUACAUCGCUGAGCUAGCACCCCCAACAAAGCGUGGCCGUCUCAUUGGUGCGCAGCAAUGGGCGAUCACGUGGGGCAUCAUGAUCAUGUUCUACAUCAGCUAUGGGUCCUCCUUCAUCAAUGGCCCCGCAGCCUUCCGCGUCCCGUGGGCUCUUCAAAUGAUUCCGGCCAUCGUUCUGUUCUUCGGCAUGAUGAUCCUUCCAGAGUCGCCGAGAUGGCUAGCCAGCAAGGACCGCUGGGAGGAAUGCGAGCAGGUCCUCGUCCUGGUCCACGGCCAUGGUGACCCGCACAGCCCAUGGGUCGCUCGCGAGUUCAGAGAGAUCAAGGAGUGGCUCGAGAUUGAGCGCCAGAGCAAGCAGAUUAGCUAUCUCACCCUCUUCACUCCGAGGUACAUCAACCGCACCCACAUCGGCUUAUUCACGCAGAUUUGGAGCCAGCUAACUGGCAUGAAUGUCAUGAUGUAUUACAUCACUUAUGUCUUCACGAUGGCCAACAUCCAAGGCAACAAUCUGUUGGUCAGCUCGAGCAUUCAGUACGUCAUCAAUGUCGUGAUGACCAUACCCGCUCUGAUCUGGAUCGACCGUAUCGGCCGUCGCCCAACGCUGCUUGUCGGUGCGGCACUCAUGGCGACAUGGCUCUUCAUCAACGCUGGCAUUCUCGGAGGCAUGGGCGUCUAUCAGCCUGAAGGCGUGCACAAUAUCAAGGAAGCCAAGGUCCUCGUCACCGGAGCCGCGAGCAAGGUCGUGAUUGCGUGCAGCUACUUGUUUGUCGCCUCCUAUGCUCCGACGUGGGGUCCAGUCUCAUGGAUCUAUCCGCCUGAGCUUUACCCUAAUCAGCUUCGUGGCAAAGCUGUCGCCUUCGCUACUUCAGGCAACUGGGCCUUCAACUUCGCCCUCGGCUACUUCGUGCCUCCCGCUUUCGAAAACAUCACCUGGAAGACAUACGUCGUGUUCGGGGUCUUCUGCGUUGCGAUGUUCAUCCAUGUCUACUUCAUGUUCCCAGAGACGGCUGGUAAGCCGCUGGAGGAGGUGAACGAGAUGUUCGAGACACCUCCGCCUGGAGGGCUUAAGUACAUAGGCACACCAGCGUGGAAGACCAAGAACUACUACUCCACCAGUGCCCGCAUGGAGCAUGGUGAGCUGCUGGAGAAGAGGCUUGACGAUGAGCAGUCGCCGGAGCGCAAGGAGUCCGCUUAG